AUGUCACCCGCCACCACUGGAAAUAGUACUCCCAACUACACGGGAAAGUUUCGUUAUGUCUCCAAAGACGCGAAAUUGGAAGUCAAUCCCAACCUGUAUCAUCUCCCACCAAUGUCAGCUUUCAGUGACGUGCUGAAUCUGCCCCUUACCGACCUUCGUCCAUCCCUCCAGAACGGAGAUGCAUCGCCCUACAAACUGGACAUCCAUGGAUUCACAGCUCGUCAUAUCCCUUCAAAGCUUCAUGCUUCCCCGUACACUCGCGAAAGCUGGAAUGAUGCCGAUCUCAUCAGAGACGUCUAUGCGCCUGAGGUGGAAGAAUUGGUCAAAAGAGUGACCGGCUGCAAGACUGCCCUCGUUGAAGCCGCCGUUCUCAGAAAUAACACGAGCUCGGAACUUGACUGUGCCCACUCAAAGGAGAAGUCAGGUGCCGACUAUGUUGGUGAUGACCCCGGUCCCCGUCCCCGAAUGAUUGGGUUUUCAGACGCAGGUGGCGCUUCACCGGCCCCAAAAGUGCAUCUCGAUUUUUCACCCAUCGGCGCACGAACACACAUUCGUCAAUAUCACCGUGAUCUGUCACUUGCUGCUAAAGAUGUAAUUGAGGCUGAGAAUAGUUUGCUCAAGUCUGGUGUCAAGUGGGAAGCGCUUAGAGACCACUAUAUCGGGGUUAAACCGGAUGGUGGUAUUCCUCGGUUUGCUAUAUUUUCCAUCUGGCGGCCUCUCAAAACGGUGCGCCGCGAUCCCAUAGCCGUGGCAUCAUGUGCGACCUAUCCUACAUCUGAUUACGUUCCUGUGGAUCUUGUCCAACCUAGCGGUCGCCUCAUUCCCAGUGACCUCUAUCAGAUCAUUGAUCCAUCCCACCCCGAGAUUGAUUACACCAAACAAACUGGAGACGUUGAAAAAUACACUCAUUUAUCGGGAAGUUAUCUUUCUUAUGCUCCUAGCGAGAAAGGAAGCCAUGAAUGGCACUUUAUAUCUAAUCAAGAGCCCAAAGACGUUUUGUUCAUUCAGCUCUUCGAUAACCACAUGGAAGCAAAGAACCCUUCAAUCCAAAGCGAUGGCACUCAAGCAAAUAUCCCUGUUAGUGGAGUGAUCCACAGCGCCUUUGAACUUGAGGGCCAGGACGGUUACGCCGAGGCCCGUGAGAGCUUGGAAGUCAGGGUUGUCGCAUUCUGGUAA